UUUUUUCUAACUUUAUGAAGAUCGCAACUUCAAUCGCACUUGUAUGGGCAACUUUGUCUACUGUCUUGAGUCAGUCACCUUUUUAUUACCAACAUAGUCAAGAGAGUUAUUCUGAAUAUGCUGUUUCGGGAAAAAUGGAGCAGAUUGGCAGAACGGGUGUCGCUGCUAUGCACGCUGUCUUGCUCAACGAGAAAAGCAUUCUGAUUAUUGACAAAGCUGAAGAAAAUGAAGCUAAACUGGAUUCAGGUGUCAGUGCAUUCUCUACGCUAUACGAUAUAGAAACAAACACCUAUAGAACACUUUUAUUGGAAACAAACACAUUCUGCUCAGCUGGGGGCUUUUUAGCAAAUGGCACGUUUAUCAGUACAGGUGGAGCGGAAAGUAGAAGUCAAUGGAAAGCAGCCAGAGGACAUCAAUCUAUUCGCCAUUUUAGACCUUGUUCUGACGAAAGUUGUGCUUGGGUAGAAUACCCUACCGGGAAAAUGUACAGCAAUCGAUGGUAUCCAACAGUCGAACAAUUACCAGAGGGAGAUCUGAUUAUCAUUGGUGGAUCGAUUGCAGGCACAAAAUACAACACAAAGGAAAAGAACGUACCUUCCUAUGAAUUCUGGCCACCUCGUACAGAAGAACCUGUUCCUCUUGAUUUAUUGUUGCAUACUUUACCUUAUAAUCUCUAUCCCUUCGUGUUUUUGUUGCCAGAUGGGAACUUGUUUAUUUUUGCUUCUACUAAAUCCAUCAUUUAUGACUACAAGCAGCACAAGGUUGUUCGAGAAUUACCACGUAUGCCUGGUGUACCGCGCUCUUAUCCUUUGACAGGUGGUGCUGUCAUGUUGCCCUUGAGUCCAGAGAAUGGUUACAAUGUCGAAAUCUUGAUCUGUGGCGGCUCUCAUUCACCCAAAAACACCAGUCCUGCUGAUGACACCUGUGGGCGCAUUAAUUUAGGAGACAAAGACCCACAAUGGGAAAUGGACACAUUUGUACACAAACGAGUUAUGCCUGAUGGUGUUAUUUUGGCUGAUGGUAGUCUUAUUUGGGUCAAUGGCUGUCAAAGAGGUUAUGCUGGUUAUAAAGAUGCAAACCAUGAUCCAACCUUUGAUCCAUUGAUCUAUCACUAUCAAAAACCCCUAGGAGAUCGUUGGACACAAGGAUUAGCCAAUACAGAUAUUGCACGCAUGUACCAUUCAGUGGCACUUGCUUUACCUGAUGGCAGAGUAUGGAUUGCAGGCUCAAAUAGUGUAGACCCACCUGAUAUUCAUGCAAAAUACCCUACUGAAUACCGAGUGGAAUACUAUUCUCCUCCUUAUCUAUUUCGAUCCAAUCGACCCAAGAUAUCGCAUAUUCCUCGAGCAGUUGAAUACAAUCAGACAUUUGAGGUCCUUUUCCAUCUUGAAGCACCUAAUAUAGACCCCAAGAAGCUCAAGGUGGCCAUUAUGAGACCUGGAUUUAGUACACAUUCAAUGCAUAUGUCUCAACGCUAUGUGUAUCUUGUUCAUCAAAUCAAUCAUGACCAUAAAUCAAUCAACAUCACAGCACCACCUCAUGCCAAUAUCUUCCCUCCAGGACAAGGUUUUUUGGUAGUCGUCUAUGACGGUGUGCCUUCUAAAGGCGUUGAAUUCUUUGUUGAACAUAACAAGCAAGAUUUAAAGAUUUAAUAAAAUUUGUUCAGGAACAAUUACUGCUAAC